AACAAGAGUGGUAAGUGACGCUCACAUUCACCUGCGCGCGCGACGAAACCGCAGUUGCACACCGCGAUCGGAGCCGACCGCUUUAACUGUCAAACGCGUUCUUUUUUCGAAUUUCCGAACUUGUGUAGUUGCCAGUGCUGAGGCGACGGAUUUUUCCUGUUUUUCCAGUUUUACCACAUCAUGUCUUCUGAAAGACAUUGGGCGAGUGUUGCUGCCAUCCUGGCCUGUGCAGCGCUAGCAUCAUGCGCACAAAUUGAAGACCCCUGCAAGACAAAGUCGCGCGUGGUGGCCGACGACAAGUACUGUGACAAAUACUGGGAGUGCGACAACGGACAGUCAGUGCAGUACGACUGCCCCAAUGGUCUGGUCUUCGCUGGCAAACACAGAGGAGUGACGGAGGGCUGCGACUACCCGUGGCGGUCGAACUACUGCGAGUACCCUAAAGUACAAAUCAAUCCCCCAAUUGGCACGGAGCACUGUGACUGGUUGUACGGCAUCUUCGGGCACGAGACCUCCUGCACUCGCUACUGGACCUGCUGGAACGGGACAGCCACUGAGCAGCUGUGCAUCGGCGGUCUGCUGUACAACGAGAACGCCCACUCCUGUGACUGGCCUGAGAAUGUUGACGGCUGCCAGAAACAUCCUCUCUGCAACGAAGAUCCCAACGGCAACGUGCCCCUAGGCAAGUCCUGCAACAGAUACUGGCAGUGCCAAGGGGGCUACCCGCGCCUGCAGAGGUGUCCGGCGAUGCUGGUGUUCGACAGACGGUCGCUGAGGUGUGUUGUGCCGCCCACGGAGGAGUGCGAUGUGCCCACCACGACCGCCCCCCCACCGGAGGAAGAAGAGAACAGACCGAACCCGCACCAGUCAAAGCGGCCCAACAACGAGUACUCCGAGCAGGGCCGCCCCAGACCAAGGAACUAACUUCUAGAACCUUCUACAGUGAUACCAGAGUAAAUACAAAUGAGUAGGUCAUCUUCAUAGAAACGCACCGAGCGCGGUUUGUAUGUGAGCACACACUGACAAAAUUCGGCGCAACACCCCGCUAAUCCACGAUAAAUUUUGUCAGUGUGUGCGUGCGCGCCGCAUACGUAUUGGCGCGCUCACAUACCAACCGCGCUCGGUGCGUUUCUAUGAAGAUGACCUACUCAUUUGUAUUAACUCUGGUGAUACCUUCCACUCUUGGAACUUCUAUUCCAAUUCGAUUGAGUCGGCAAAAUUGUUUUCCCACCAUGUGACUUUUCUUUCACCCCAUUGGCAGUGACAUGAUAGGGGUAAAUCUAUUUAUAUCAAAAACAUAAUCAGUCAAAUUAUUCCAUCAUCAUUCAUCAUCACACCUUCACCACACUCGGUCGUUGUCAAUUUCAAUAACUAAGUAGGUACAGUCAUCUUGGGUAACUUUGAAUUUCAGGGUAACUUUGAACAGUGGAAAAAAUAUUGCACUAUGUUCAUUUUUCAAAAUUAGCUGAAUUAACAGAAAUUCUAACUUAACUGAAUGAUAGGGCAACUUUGUACAAAUUUUUACUGUUUAAAGUUACCCCGAAAAAUCAAAGUUAGCCAAGAUGUCUGAUUUAAGUACAUAAAUAUAACGUUUUUUCAUUCCCAAUGGGGGUUCUUAAGUAGAAGUAUUUGUACUUCAAUAAGAUUAUUUUAACUUAGGAAUAGGUAUCUUAGUUUUAUUGUAAAUGUAAAAACUAAAUCUAUUUUUAAUACUCAGCAUAAUCUGCCAAAAAUAUUUUUAACAAUUUCUCAUAAUAUUUGAAUUUACCAAACAUUUUGCCGUCAAUAACGAUUAUGUAAAAAACCUCUUGUAUCUAAAAAGUGCAAUACUUACUCUAAACUUUUAGUUUGACCGUUUCAUAUUUUGUUCAAUGUAAGUCAAUAUUUAUGUUUUAAGUGUAUGUAAGAAUUAAUUCAAUAAAAUAAUUUAUAAGUA